AUGAUGGAGAAGGUUGCAGACACAGAAUUUGCAUUCAACUCUCCUCCACUGAUCAAGGUCACAGUCCAUAGAUCAGGGCCAAACAUCACCACAGAGGAUAGCAAGAAUGUAAUUUUGGAAAGCUAUGAGCCGCGGACAUUUGUACAGACAGACAAGCCUGUUUACAAAGCUGGGCAAACAGUGAAGUUCAGGAUUGUGACAUUAAACGAGAAUUUCACAGCUGUUCAGGAAAAGGACCCAAAGAGAAACCGAAUUGGACAGUGGAGAGACGUAGAGCCCAGGCAGGGGAUUGUGGAUCUGACCUUUGACCUGAUGCGUGAACCGCUCCUGGGGACAUACGAGAUCGAAGGAAUGCAGAGCCAGGGGAGGAAAUUCCAUCAUCAUCAGUGUGGAAGAGUACGAUAUACAUAUGGAAAGCCUGUGAGGGGACAGGUGAAUGGCACCGUUUGUUUGGAUCAUAUGAAUGAUGCCUCUGACCCUAUUCAUUGUCAGCACAUUUUUGGUGAGAUGGAUUUGAAUGGUUGCCUGUCUACAGAUCUCUCCACUGAUAUGUUCCACUUUAGAGAAAGUGCAAACCACAGACGCAUUGAUGCACAGUUUGUACUGACAGAAGAGGGGACAGGUAUUCCAAUGCGGUCAAGUGCAACAUGUCAAGUUGAAAGCGAAAUUAUGAAGAUCACAUUUGAGGAGGUGGAAGAUUAUUACAAACCUGGAAUUCCAUACACUGCACAGAUAAAAAUCCAGUAUACUACAGGGCAACCUGUCACCAAUGUGACAAUCAAAGUGUUAAAUUCCUGGAAGCCUGGUCCAAUGUUGGCGAUCACAGAUGAGAAGGGGAUUGGCUCAGUGAUUCUGGAAACCCCCUUACAAUCCAAUGAGUUGCUUUCCAUAAUGGCUAUUUAUCAGGACAAACAUCAUCAGGAUGCCCAUCCCUACAAUGUCUCAGCUCAUCAUGUUGUCAAGCCUUUCUACUCCAGGUCUAAGAGUUACCUCACCAUCCAGAAACAUCAGCAGUUACUGGCCUGUGAUUCUGAGCUGCAUGUGAAAGUCCACUACAUUAUCAGGGGUAUUGCUGCUGAGGCUGACAGCAACCUGGCUGUAUUCUACCUGGUCAUGUCGAGGGGAGUGAUUGUGAACAUGAACUCGAAAACCAUCUCCAUCAAAGGCUCUGAAGGUUUGAACCAUGCUUCACUUGAUGCCGUGACUCUCCACUUCUCUGUGGCUGAAGACUUGCCCAAAAGCCACAUCAGCCUCGAUCUUCGUGCUGAGCCGUACUCUCUCUGUGGGCUGCGAGUGGUCGAUCACAGUGUGCUACUGCUGAAACCUGAGACAGAGCUUUCCCGAGGCAGUAUCUACUCCUUGCUGCCAGUGCAGGAUCUGCAGAAUUACUCAAAUGAGCUCAAAAGCCAUGAACAACAUUACUGCAAGCUCCAAAAUCACCUGGCAGAGCCUGAACCCAAUGAGCAAGCAAUGGGAGACCUCGGACAACUUCUCAAGAAUAUGGGACUGCAAAUUCUGACAGACACUGAAUUUCACAAACCCAUCAAGUGUUUGUUCGAUGAGUCUUAUGGUAUUGUCGUGAAUGGUAUACCGUUUUUCAGUAAAGAGUAUGAAAUGAAUUUAGAAAUGGACAGCCUGGAAGCGGAACAAAUGCCAAUGUUUGCAAUAGCAUUGGAAGAAGAGCCUAUUCAACUCAUAAACAAAGCUGGAACAGACAGCAUUCGACCCCACAUCAGUCCCAGAGGCAUCGUCAAAAUCCGAAAAUACUUUCCAGAGACGUGGAUUUGGGAUCUUGUCCCUGUUGGAUCCUCUGGGAGUGUCUCUCUCCCCAUCACAGUUCCAGACUCUAUCACUGAAUGGAAAGGCAGCAUGUUCUGUACUAGCCAUGUGGGAAUUGGAAUCUCUGAUACCAUCACCUUUAACGCAUUCAAACCAUUCUUUGUCGAACUGGCUCUCCCCUUUUCUGUUGUCAGAACUGAGGGUUUCGCCCUCAAGGCCAAAGUCUUCAACUACCUGACGCAAUGUAUCGUGGUGAAGGUGACCCUUCUGAAUGCCCAGGGAUUUACUGUAACAGCAGAAAGUGACACCGAACAUAUGACUUGCAUCUGCUCCCAAGACAGUCAAACUUUUAGCUGGCAUCUACUCGCCACUGGACUGGGCCAGCAGAAUUUGACAGUACAAGCUGAAUCGAUUGCCUCCGAGACUCUGUGUGGGAAUGAGUUUGCGAUUGUCCCUGCUAAAGGAGCCAUGGAUGUCAUUCGGAAAUCCCUCCUGAUCAAGCCCGAGGGCAUUGAGAUUGAACUGAUCCACAGCUCUUUGAUGUGUCCAGCAGGCAAGACCAUCACUGAGGAGAUCCAGCUUGAGCUUCCCAACGAUGUCAUCAAAGGAUCAAGCAGGGCCUAUGUCACUGUGCUGGGGGACAUACUGAGUUCUGCGAUGCAGAAUCUGGAUGGGUUAUUGAGACUGCCCACAGGGUGUGGAGAACAGAACAUGGUGAAAUUUGCCCCAAACAUCUACGUGCUGAGAUACCUGAACAAAACAGAUCAGCUCACUCGGGAAAUUCAGGACAAAGCAAUUAGCUACCUACAGACAGGAUACCAGAACCAGCUGACAUACAAACAUCACGAUGGAUCCUUCAGUGCAUUUGGAGAUGGAGAUCAUGAGGGAAAUACCUGGUUGACAGCCUUUGUGAUGAAAUCAUUUGCAACUGCUCGUCAGUACAUCUUCAUUGAUAAUGACAUCUUUGAAGACGCUGUCAGAUUCUUCCAGAGGCAUCAACUGGAGUCGGGCUGUUUCCAAAACCUCGGAUAUUUGUUCAACAAUGCCCUCAAGGGUGGAGUCAAUGAUCACAUUUCUCUGUCAGCUUAUGUGACGUCAGCAUUAUUGGAAUCAACACUUUCAGGUUCUGAGAUGAGCCUGAUUACAGACAGGGCCCUGAGCUGCCUGCGGUCUGCAUUAGAGACAGUGAACAGCACCUACACCCUCUCAGUUCUCGCCUACACCUUCACCCUGAGCCAGGACCAGUUUGCGAGGACAAGAGCUCUCCAGCGGCUGGAAAAGUUGGCCAUCAAAACAGACAGAUUGACUCAUUGGCAGCAAGAGGAGACCCUGGAGAGAAAGGAAGAACACGGAUACUGGUGGAGAGCACCCUCUGCAGAGGUUGAAAUGACAGCCUACGUGCUUCUGGCCCUUCUCUCUCAGCCCCAGGUCACACACUCUGAGUUGGACAAUGCCACAUCCAUUGUUCGCUGGCUGGUCAAGCAGAGGAAUCCCUAUGGAGGCUUCGCAUCAACCCAGGACACAGUGGUUGCUCUCCAGGCCCUGUCUCUGUACACUGAGCUGACCCAUGUGGGUGGUCAUCAGAGCUCAGUGACUGUCACCUCGGAAACAACAUUCCAACGGGAAUUCCGUGUUGAUGAUUCCAACCAGCUCCUGCUCCAGAGGGAGGCCUUGGCAGAGAUUCCCGGAAAGUACAAUGUGUUGAUCACAGGGAGCAGAUGUGUCCUCCUCGAGACUAUUCUCCGUUAUAACGAACCUGUCAAACCCAAAGAUUCUGUCUUCAAACUUUCGGUGGCAAUGUUGGAACAAAAUUCAUUGGACCCUCUCCUUCAGGGGGAGUCAACUUAUAGGAUUUCUCUCAAUGUCACCUACGCUGGUGAUCGUCCUUCUUCGAACAUGGUGAUUGUUGAAGUGGAGCUGCUGUCUGGAUUUUCUGCUGAAAAAGAGUCUUAUAAAAAUAGCGUGGACAGUUUCAAAAUCAGAAAAGCUGAAUUGCAAGAUGGGUCCCUGUUUCUGUACCUCGAUCCGAUGGAAGUGAACCAUCUGCUACAAUUAUCCAUUGACACCAUCCAUCAGUUCAAUGUGGAGAAUCUGCAGCCUGCCAUUGUGAAAGUUUACGAUUACUACCACGGUGAUGACUUAGUUGUCACUGAAUAUGAGGCACCGAAACGAUUGGAGAUUGUGUGAAUCAGCCGAUUGCAAAGACACGGUACGCAUCCCAGUGAGACUGUAUUGGCUACUAUGGAUACAGAGGACAACAUGUAGAACCUGGCAACUUUUCCUACCGUGAGCUUAUUGGGCGAUUUCCAGUUCCACAAUAAAAAAGUUGUUCAAACAG